CAAUGAAGGCCGAACAAUAACAAAAGGGGGCAACCAAAACAGUAAAGAAAGUUAAGGUUAAUAACAAAGCACCAGUCAGGUACAUUGAAUAUUUGAAAAAAGAUUAUGGGUUAAGGCUGCUUUCACUGGUUUCAGAAGAUCUAAAGUUUAAUAAAACGAGAAUUAAGCAUUGUUAAAGAUUUAACAUGUUGAUGAUGUCUCAUCUAGCAGAUUCUAUUGGGGAAAAAGAGUAGCAUAUAUCUACAAGGCUCACUCUCUUAAGAACAAUACUAAAUUUAGAGUAAUUCAUUAUCCUAAUGUUUUUUAGACUAUCUGGGGUAGAAUCAGCAAAUCACAUGGAUCAAAUGGAGUUGUGAUUGCUCGUUUCAAUAGAAAUCUUCCACCAAGAGCCAUUGGAUCUACUUUGAGAGUAUUCCUUUAUCCAAAUAGGGCUUGAUC